GUGCCUGCGCGCAAGCCCCGCCCCGGAACUGCGGCGGACGCUGCCGCGGCACGCCGGUGCUGCGUGUUUGGAGGCGUUUGGUGGGCGUCUGAGGGGGCCGCGGCAGGGUAGCCUCACGCAGCCAUGAAGUUGAAAGAGAAAAAAUCAAGCCCGAAGCCAACAAACUCAGGCAGAUUUCAGAAGAAGGGGAUCAAAGUUGUGGGACAAUGGAAGGAGGUGAAGAUAGACCCAAAUAUGUUUGCGGACGGACAGAUGGAUGACUUGGUGUGCUUUGAGGAACUGACAGAUUAUCGGUUGGUCUCCCCUGCCAAGAGUUCCUCCAGCCUCUUCUUGAAGGAAGAGCCGAAGAAGAGAAAGGCACAGGCUGUUUCAGAAGGAGAGGAGGAAGGAGAGCCUAGCUCCUCAAAGAAAAAGAUGAAGUUGAAGAAGAGUAAAGAUGUGGAAACUGAAGAAACCAGUGCCCAGAAAGCGUUUGAAGUCAAAGAUACUGAGCCAGUGCCCCAGGGAGAGGGCACAGUUUGUCCUGAUCCAGAGGUAGGGGAGAUGGCAUCAAAAAGCCCGGUCCAGACUGUACCAAAAAAGAAGAAAAAGAAAGGGAAAAAAAAGUCAGCGCUUUCCCAGGGUACUUCUCCAAAGGUGCCCAAAAAAGCGAAGACGUGGAUGCCUGAAACACAUGAUCACAAAGCAGAUGUAUCGGCUUGGAAGGAUCUGUUUGUACCCAAGCCGGUUCUCCGAGCCCUCAGCUUUCUAGGCUUCUCUGCCCCCACACCAAUCCAAGCGCUGACCUUGGCACCCGCCAUUCGUGACAAACUGGACAUCCUUGGGGCUGCUGAGACAGGAAGUGGGAAAACUCUUGCCUUUGCCAUUCCAGUGAUUCACACAGUGCUGCAGUGGCAGGUGAAGAAGCCUGCCCCGGCUCUAAGUAGCACAGGAGCACCACCUGGGGAGGCCGGUAAUGAGCCUGGAGCUGAGAAUCGAUCACCAGGCAGGGCUGGAGCUUUGCCUGAUGAGAUUGGAAUUGAGGGUGAAGCACUUUCCAGUGAGGUUGGAACAAAGGCUGGAACACCACCCAGCCAGGCAGGAACCAAGACUGGAGCUGCCCCCUCAGAACGGGGGCUGCUCUCCUGUGACGAUGAUGUUGACGCUGGUGAAGGACCUUCUUCCCUGAUCAGGGAGAAGCCCAUCCCCGAACAGGAAGAAAACCAGGUGGAAAAGCACGAUGAAGAGCAGACUGGAAAGUUAAAAAAAGAAUUGGGUGGCAGCACUGCACCGCCGAAGCGUCCUCUGCUUGGACUGGUUCUGACUCCCACUCGAGAGCUCGCCGUUCAGGUCAAACAACACGUCGAUGCUGUGGCCAAGUUUACAAGCAUUAAAACCGCUAUUCUGGUUGGUGGAAUGUCCACGCAGAAACAGCAGAGGAUGCUGAACCGCCAGCCUGAGAUUGUCAUCGCCACUCCAGGCCGGCUGUGGGAGCUAGUUAAAGAAAAGCACCCUCAUUUGAGCAACCUCCGGCAGCUCAGGUGCCUGGUGAUCGAUGAGGCUGACCGGAUGGUUGAGAAAGGCCACUUUGCUGAGCUCUCACAGCUGCUGGAGGUGCUCAGUGAUUCCCAGUACAGCCCAAAGAGGCAGACCCUUGUUUUUUCCGCCACACUGACCCUGGUACAUCAAGCUCCUGCCCGCAUCCUUCACAAGAAGCAUGCUAAGAAAAUCGACAAAACUGCCAAACUUGACCUCCUCAUGCAGAAGAUUGGCAUGAGGGGCAAGCCCAAGGUCAUUGACCUCACAAGAAAGGAGGCCACGGUAGAGACGCUGACAGAGACCAAGAUCCAUUGUGAGACUGAUGAGAAAGACUUGUAUCUGUACUACUUCCUGAUGCAGCAUCCGGGCCGCACCUUAGUGUUUGCCAACAGUAUCUCCUGCAUCAAGCGCCUCUCCGGGCUCCUCAAAGUCCUGGACAUCAUGCCCCUGACCCUGCAUGCCUGCAUGCACCAGAAGCAGAGGCUCAGAAACCUGGAGCAGUUUGCCCAUCUGGAGGAUUGUGUGCUCCUGGCGACAGAUGUGGCGGCUCGGGGCCUGGAUAUUCCAAAAGUCCAGCAUGUCAUCCAUUACCAGGUCCCUCGCACCUCAGAGAUUUAUGUCCACCGAAGCGGUCGGACUGCCCGUGCCACCAAUGAAGGCCUCAGCCUGAUGUUGGUUGGGCCUGAGGAUGUGAUCAACUUUAAGAAGAUUUACAAGACCCUCAAGAAAGAUGAGGACAUCCCACUGUUCCCUGUGCAGACAAAGUACAUGGAUGCAGUCAAGGAGCGAAUCCGUUUAGCUCGACAGAUUGAAAAAGCGGAGUAUCGGAACUUCCAGGCUUGUCUGCACAACUCUUGGAUCGAGCAGGCAGCGGCUGCCCUUGAGAUUGAGCUGGAAGAAGAAAUGUAUAAGGGAGGAAAAGUUGACGAGCAGGAAGAGCGUCGGAGACAAAAGCAGAUAAAGAUCCUGAAGAAGGAGCUGCGCCAUUUACUAUCACAGCCGCUGUUUAAAGAUGACCUGAAAACCAAGUAUCCGACUCAGUCGGGCAAGCUGCCGGUGCUCAUGUCUGCCCCACGAAAGGGCGAGUCCGCGCUGAGCUGCCUUUCCAAACAGAAGAAGAAGAAGAAGAAAAAGCAGCAGCCCAAGGAGCAGCUGCAGGAGCAGCCACAGCCGAGCACAAGUGCCGGCUAACCGCCCCCAGGUCAGUCAGCUGGCGACCGCGCCGUGUCUGUGUUCUCCGGUUGUAUGGAAACCUUCCCGCCUUGGAUCUCACCCCACUGUGGUUCCAAAAAUCUCCCUCUCUUCCACACCACCCCUCACAGCAGGGCAGACCUCAUGCAGAUUUGUGUUGUUUCAGAGUAAGAAUUCUGUGUGCCAGCUUAUAUUUUUCUGCAUUUCAGUGCUUACAGGCUUCUUGUUUGUGUAACUUGAUUUUCUCAAUUAAAAACAGUGGUUAGAA